ACAAGACAGUUAUUAGGCGGCGCGGGGCAGCCGGCAUGGAGCUCCAGGAGGCGAGGCAGAGCCGGGCGCACUGGGAGCCCGCGUUCACUGCAGUGCAUUUCGCUUCCAGCGGCCGCUCCUUCCAGCUAGUUCCUUGUUCCUAGACGCCCCGUCCCCCAACCCCAACCUCCUUAGGUCCCUCUCAAUAUGGAUUCAUUUCAGUCUGCACAGAUGUUGAGCUUGCCCGCCGAGCUCGGCAGCAACAACUUAGAACUGGCGGAGCUGGCGGCUCCAAAUGACCAUUUGCUUUACAGCAAUCGGUCUCAAAUUUAUUUCACCUUGGAGUCUCAUGAGGAUGCACUGCAUGAUGCAGAAAUAGCAUGUAAACUUCGGCCAAUGGGUUUCAAGGCACACUUUAGAAAAGCACAAGCUUUAGCCACCCUAGGCAAGGUGGAGGAAGCACUCAGAGAAUUUCUCUACUGUGUGUCCCUUGACGGAAACAACAAGAAAGCCAGAGCUGAAGCUCAAAGGCUUCUCUUUAGUUUCUUUUCACCAUCAGUCUCGGGGGAUUCUCAGGAACAUUUUCCCGAUAUCCUGAAGUUGUUGGCAACUCACCCUAGAUUAAAGGAACACGUAGAGUCAAUGGCUACUGAAGCCCCCAGCCAUAAUCUACCAAAGUUGUCACAGGGAAAUCCAGAGAUUCCACAUUGUUCUAAUCAGGAGGAAGCAGCAGCUGGGGGAGACGGCAGCAGCCUGGAGAAGUCAGCCCAUGUAAAGGUGGGUAGUCAAGAAAACAAUGUGAGAGAUCACGAAGAAGAGAAGCAGGAUGCUGCCUCCGUCAGGACCGGCAAAUGCCAGGAAAAGAAAAGGAACCGUUGCCAAAUUGAUGAAAUCCAUGAAGACACAGACGUGCCUAAUAAAGUCUCCAAACAAGAUCUUCCUGCUGAUCAGGUGGCCAAACAAGAUCCCAGUAUUCCGCUUGCAUCUUUUGAUGCGUCUGACCUUGAAUGCUCACUGUGUAUGAGAUUAUUCUAUGAGCCAGUCACAACACCUUGUGGGCACACCUUUUGCUUGAAAUGUCUUGAGAGAUGCCUAGAUCAUAAUGCAAAGUGUCCACUGUGCAAAGACGUUCUUUUACAGUGCUUGCCAUCAAGAAAGUACAGCAAGAAUGUGAUCAUGGAAGAACUAAUAGCUAAAUUCCUGCCAGAAGAACUCAAGGAACGAAGGAGGCUUCAUGAAGAGGAGAUGGAAGAGCUUUCUAACUUAAAUAAGAAUGUGCCUAUUUUCGUGUGUACUAUGGCCUAUCCCACCGUUCCUUGUCCCCUGCACAUUUUUGAGCCUUGUUACCGCCUAAUGAUUCGGAGAUGUAUUGAGACAGGCACAAAACAGUUUGGCAUGUGCCUUGGAGAUCCUGUCAAAGGGUUUGCAGAAUAUGGCUGUAUCUUAGAGAUCAGAAAUGUCCAAUUCUUUGCUGAUGGCCGAUCAGUGGUUGACAGCAUAGGCAAGAGGCGUUUCAAGGUGCUCCAUCAGGGCCAGAGGGAUGGCUACAACACAGCUGACAUUGAAUAUAUUGAAGAUCAAAAGGUUCAGGGAGAAGACUGUGCUGAACUCAUGGGGUUGCAUAACUGUGUGUAUGAGCAAGCCUCCACAUGGUUUCAUUCACUCAAAGCAUCUCUGAAGACUCGGAUACUCAAUCAUUUCGGUCCAAUGCCAGAGAAAGAUGAAGAUCCCCAGGUUAAUCCAAAUGGCCCAGCCUGGUGCUGGUGGACAUUAGCGGUUCUUCCCCUGGAAAGUAGAGCUCAGCUCCCCUUCCUAGCAAUGAGGUCUUUAAAGGACAGACUCAAUGGUAUUCGGCGAAUCCUGGCCUUUAUAUCCAGAAACCAAAAUUAGUGGGAGCAGAUUGUGGAAAAGGCAUUUCCACCCUGUCCACUGUUCCAGGGCGAUGUUCUUGUAAAUAUGUCUAAUUGCAAUAACACUUUAACAGAAGAGCGCAUAUCCUAGACAGAUGAUACUCUGCUUUUUGACCAUACAGAAAUUGAGUAGGAAGACCAAAAGGAGGUGACCUGAUUGACUUUCUGUCUUCAGAUGUUUUUUGACACAAACAGGCAGAGGUGUGGAAGAGUCCAGAAAAAGUUGAUGUUUAGCAUACAUUUUUCUAAAAGUUGAGUAUGACUUAUCUGUCAUAGCUGAGUGACUGUGUGGUUGAACUGUGAAGCAGAGAUGCCGAUGUCUCGGCAUCCUUCCACUGACUUGAUGUUUCAUUUCAAAUGGUUCAGGUUUUAUAGAGCAUUGUGUAAAAUAAUGUUCAUACUUCUUUCUGUUUUAAUAAUUUAUUUUUUGCACUACUGUAUCCUUUUUCUACAUGUACGUUUAUAACUAUUUAAGUGUACAUUACUGAAAAGUCCAUUGCUUUAUUUAUUGACAUGGUUGACUAUGUAGGGGGAAUAACAGUACUAAUACGUGCAAUGUUCUUUACUUUUUGCUGAAUUAAUCCCAAUUCUUGGGCCAUUUUUAUAUAGUUCAUGUCUAUCCUAGUGUACUAAGUUUCAAAGAAUUUCGGAAGGAUUCUAAGGUAAUUUAUCUUCACAAAUUCCACUCUUUCCAUUUGAAUUAAGUGAUAGAAAGUACCUAAUUGAUUUGGUAUAAGUUGUGGCGUGUGCAAGAGUAAGGAAAAAGAAUCCCUUUUCUGUGUGUAAUACAGAAGAAGGCUGAAAGAAUUACUCAAGAAUGGAGAGAUGAUUUAGAAAUGUCUCAUUACAAUCUAUUAGAGGUAUUUUUCAAGCUGUCUGAUUAGAAGUGCAUUAAUUUCUCCCCAGUGCAGUUAAGGAUAAGAUUAAUAUUUACUUAGUUUAUCAGAGAGAAUGGCAUCAAGACCUGUACCAGCACCUGCUGAAAUACUCGAGGGGCUAUUGCUUCUUAAAAGUGUAAGGAAAUCAGCUAGGUUAGAAUCCACUUUUAAAUAUCUAUAGUAGAUUCCAGGGAAAUGAAUCCAUGAUGUUAUGUAAACACUGCCUUCCCUCCUGGUAACAAUGAGCCAAACAUUUCAAUGCAGAGGAGAAAACAAAGGGAAUGGGUAGGAAGGGUUGAAGUAGUGCUUCUUAGCUCGCUUAGUGUUAGUUUGAGUCAUUUGGUGUCAGAGAAACCUGGAAAACAGAGUGCGGGUGUAUUAUAAUGGCAAAGAGGAAAAUCAGAGCCAGGAAAAGUGAAUUAAGCGAAUUGUCACAUUUAUUUCUUAUGCAAACUACUCCCCAGUGAUUUUGGACAGCUAUGGUGUGUUAUUCACGUGUAGCCCCUCCACUCUGUUAACAGGGGAGAGGGGAGGGAGAGAGAGAGAGAGAGAGAGAGAGAGAGAGAGAGAGAGAGAGAGAGAGAGAGAGAGAGAUUGAUAUCAAUCAGGGAUCAGUCUGGGCUCGUCUAUGACCACCAGAAACAUGAAAGAGGUGGGGUUUGUGUGUGAGAGAGAGGUGAUUUCCAGAUGCUGUAAAACAGACUCAUGUAAACAGAAAGCAAGCAAUCAUCUACACUGUAGGCUGUGUUGUCAGAGCAUUACCAGCUUUGAUGUUUGGAAUAACCAGGGCAGGUGAGGAAUGCAGGUGUAUGUAAUGGAAAUACAGGAGUGGGUACUACCUGAGUUAAAUGUAGAAAUCUCGCAGACCAGGAAAUGAAGAUAUUUUCCCCUCCCACCUGACAGCCAACUAUAUGAUUAUGGCAAAGUCCUAAUAUGAUUGUUUCCCAUUCUAUAGUGUAAACACAACAGAGAAAAAGCUCAAAAGUUUCUCCACUUAACUGCAUGUGUUACUUUGGAAUCAAUUUAACUUGCAUUGAGCCCCAGUGUCCUCAUAUAUGAAAUGAUACUGGUGCUUGUCUCAGCAGCACAUAUACUAAAAUUGGAAUUACACAGAGAAGAUUAGCACAGCUCCUUCGCAAGGGUGGCAUGCAAAUUUGGAUAGCAUUCUAUAUUUUUAUUAAAAGAUGGAAUGCUGGUGAUAUUGGUAGCAUAUAGGCUUUUUAGGAACUUUAAAUGGGACAUGUCAGAAAUUAGCACAGUGCCUUGAUGGGAGAUAUAAACUAUUACUAUUAUCAGCCAUGUAGAAUGUCAUCAAUAGUCUACAGCUACACGAAGCACUGUCUUGACUUGCAAUAUUCAUUUGCAUCCACUUUAAGCUUGAUUGGGAAAAUCCAAACCACUGACUCUUGGACUAGGAAAGUUGCUAUCGUUUACCUUACAUGCAUGGGCCACUGGGUUCUAUCUCCAGUACCGUUUUUAAAAAUAUAUGAAAUGUAAAGAAAAUGAAAGGACUGGAGAACAAAUGAGUGUUAGAAGUAGGGACUAAUUACCACACCAAGAAAAUAGUUUCCAUUUUAAUAAGGUAGUGCUGUACUGGGGUGGGGGACCAUAAUUCCUGAUAGAAUGGAAGCCUUAAGUUUUAGCUUCACGGGUAUAAUCAAACCAACUCUCCCUGUUCUUCAAAAGGUGUUGAGAAUUUCAGCUAUACCAGAAUAAUAGGAUUUCACCACCUAAGGGUUUUGCACAUAGCUAAUGUAAUUUCUUUGUGCUGUCUCAAAUAACAGACUCUACAAUGAUGUACUGAGAACCUGCCGUGUACCAGGUACUAAACUGAGUUAUCUCAUGCACCUGAACACAUGAAAUAACCUUUUAGACAGCAUUGUUAACCCCAUAUAUGGAUAAGAACACAGGCUCAGCAAUGUUGAAGAAUAUGCCUAUGUAAUAUGGUCAUCCAAUGAGUGGGCAAGCUUGACUCUUUACCUAUCAAGUAGCAGAUCUUUCGACAUUUUGAACAGUUGUUAUACAUGUUUUAUUCAAUAGACAUGGCAGUCAAAUUACAAAUCACCCCAAGAGCUCAAAAUGAGGAGUUCCAGGUGAAGUAAUAUACAGCUGCCCAACACAGCUUUUGUUAAUCUAAGUGAAAGGGGAAGUUUGGCUUCUUAAUAAAAUCCCAUUGAUAAGAGAUACCCAAUCUGAGCACAUGGAAAUCUUGGCUGGGCUAAAGAGCACAUUUCUCUGAGUAGCCUGGAUCCAUGUUGGGGUUGUUCUCUAGCCAGUUUUUGUUUCAGUAAUGGCAGGAAGUGGGAUAGUAGGCUUUGACUUUCUUCAGGAUGUACAUGAGUGGAAAACUCAGUUGAACUUGACUGUUUUUAGCACUUGCAGAUUGAUUCUGCUUCUAAGUGCAGUGGCAAUAAGUAUAGAGAUAAAAGCUAAGUAUCAGUCAGAAGAACAAGGUUCCCCCUUGUAGACAGUGCUGCUUUCUUGGGUUAGUUUUCCUUUCUACCAUGACAUGAGAGCUGACCCAGUCUUUUCCUUGCAGAUUUGUGUGUGUGUGUGUAUGUGUGUGUGUGUGUGUGUGAUAUACUAGGUAGCAAGCAGACCUUAUGCCUUUCUGCUCUGUACCGUACUACUGCUGCUAGCUAAAAACCAGCAAAAUGUAGAAAGUGAAAAAUGAAGAAACUACUUUUCAGUGGACAAUUUGAAGAAAGGGGUGUUUGCUCCUCACUUGGGGGGGCAGAGAACUAUUCCAAUAGCUUGCCUUUCUGAAGGCCAACUGCUUCACGCUCAGUGCUGCCUCCGUAGCAGAGUUGAGUUAUGGCACGUGGUGCUACCAUCUCUGCCUGUGGAGCUGGCCUGCGUUCAGAUAAUCCCCUGUGACUAGCCACAGAAGCCUCAGAAUUCCCAUGGCUGGGUUAUUGCCAACAGGUGGUGUCCUGUUGAUGGACUGCAACCCACUGGGGCCUGCAUUUACUGUGCCAACUUCAUUUCCAGCAUGUGAAUUUUAGCCAUAGGUUCGUUCCUUGGGUUCCCAGCUUGUUGACUGUGUGUCCAUUUCUACUCAUCUUGGGCCUAAGGAAUGAGGUUUUGAUUCUGGGUGAAAGACAGCUCUGAAAAGCAAGCAGGGCUUGGGCUUUGCUUUCUGGUGUUUCUAAUGUACAGAGAGCUGGAUGGGAAAGGAGCCGUGCACAGUGUACACAUUUAAUUCCUCUUAGAAUGGUAGCUCCCACCCACUCCACUGCUUAACUACGCAAUGCUCUGGAUUUUACACAUCCACAGGGGAAAUGAAGAACUCUUCACUUAGAAGUGGGUGUUUCCAAACAUGGUAAAUUAACCUCCAGAGAGAAGUGCCUGGAACUGCCGUUCCUGGUGUCACUUUCAAGCUUUGGCUUCAUGACUUUGUAGCAUUUAAAAAAUCUGUUUGCAGCCACAAAUGUGAUUAACAGAAGUUUACAAAGCAACACUGUACCUGUGCGUUAUCUUCAAAGUCUGCUGCCAUUCAUCUACUGUUCAAGUGAUGAAGACAACCAGUGAGCUAAGAUGAAGAGCAAAUAGUUGGGUGUGGCACUAUUGGAUGAUGUGAGAUAAAUGAGUCUCAUUACUGUAUGCAUUUCUUUGUAAUGCCAGGACUAAAACAUCCAGCAAGUCACUUAAACAGUGGCAAGUGUGUAUGUGUAUUUGGUUUUCAUUUGUUUGUUAAGCAGCCAUUUUACUUUUGCACAGUUAUGAGUUGAAGGGAAAUUAAGAUAACUCUCCUUCCCCCACCAAUGCUAUUCAACUACCUCUAUGUGCCUGGUUUCCUUUUAGGGUUCCCUUCUUCUAAAUCUGCACAAAAUAAUUUCAGCUCAUCUAUGUUGUAAUCGCAGUGUGAUAUAUAGAUAGUCUUUGUGAAAACUGUUUGUUCAUUAAAAGAAAGUUUCCUGUUGUCUCUGCA